AUGAGAUUCGGAAAGAAAGGCAAGCUAUGCCCCCGGUUUAUUGGUCCCUAUGAGAUUCUCGAGAGGAUAGGGAAUCUCGCAUAUCGUUUGGCGCUACCAAUGGAGUUGGAGCGGGUGCACAAUGUAUUUCAUGUGUCCCAGUUGAAGAAGUAUGUGCACGACCCUUCGCAUGUGAUUUCGCCAGAAGUGGUACCUCUUGCCGGUACAAUGUCUUAUGAAGAAAGACCGCUCCAGAUCUUGGACUUCAAGACAAGAGAAACCCGUAGGAAGUCAGUGAAGAUGGUUAAGGUGUGGUGGUCGCAUCACGAGGUGGAAGAAGCAACUUGGGAGCUGGAGUUCGCCAUGAGACAGCGUUAUCCGGAUCUGUUUACCUUAGGUACCUCACAUUACCUUUCUUUGCGUGUAAUCUUAGGCCAGGUGAAGGGUAGUUGA